AUGACUUUAAGAUUUACUGAGAGCGCACAAAUGCAGGAUAUCAUUCGUAUGUACAAUACGAACAUUAACGGUAGAUCCACCAUUAUAAGAUCCCUAACUGGAAUUAGAGGAAUUGGUCUAAGAGUGUCUACUUUAUUAUGUAAGAAGGCUAACAUCGAUACUAGCCUGAGAGCUGGUCAAGUAGAGCAGGAGAAAUUAGACGUAAUAUCCAAGAUUCUUGAGUCACCACAGUCCUAUGGAGUUCCAGACUGGAUGUUAAACAGACAGAAGGACCCUCUGACUGGAGAGUACAAGCAGUUAAUUGCUAACCAAGUUGAGGCAGACUACAGACUAUAUUUAGAAAGAGCAAAGAGAGUAAAGCACAUCAGAGGACUAAGACUUCUGAAGGGUCUGAAAGUCAAUGGACAAAGAACCAAGUCUAACGGAAGAAGAGGAAAGACUGUUGGAGUGUCAAAGAAGAAAUAAAUUAUUCGUGCAU